AUGUCCGAUCUCGCCGCCUUGUCAAACUCGCUCGCUCAGGCCGACUUCACUUCGAUCCCUAUCGUAGACCUCUCCGAUGCCCGCUCUCCUGAAUUUGAGAAGCGAAAGGCUGUAGCAGACAACAUCCGCGACGCUUGUCUCAAUGCCGGCUUCUUCUAUGUCAAGAAUCAUGGCGUAGCCUUGGAUGUGGUUGAGAAGACUUACGAACAAUCAAAGGAGUUCUUCAAGCUUCCCGCUGAGGUGAAGAAGUCUGUCGACAUCUCCAAAUCGGAAAACUUCCGCGGGUAUAUGGGGCUCUUGACGGAGAACAACGACCCCACCAACAAGGGCGACAUGCACGAGGCUUUCAACAUGGGUCUUGACCCCGAAGUUGACCCCGCUUCCUUCGCUCAAGACAUAAAAGAGGGAGAACUGAAACACUCUGAGAAUCUGUGGCCGGACGAGAAGGACUGGCAAGGGGCAAAGGUGUUUAAACAAGCCAACCUGGACUACUACAAGCAAGUUCUCGCCCUGGGACAGUCCUUGUUCCCUCUUUUUGCCUUGGCUCUCAACUUGCCCGAGACCUUUUUCGAUGACAAGAUCCUGCAUCCUGCUGCUAUCAUGAGGAUUCUUUUCUACCCCGCCCUUGCUCGUGAGGAGCAGGACACGCUCACGCCUGGAAUCGGUGCCCAUACCGACUUUGAAUGCUUCACCAUUCUCAGACAAGACGAUGUCCCCUCCGCACUGCAAGUCCAGAACCGAAAAGGAGAUUGGGUUGAUGCUCCCUACAUCCACGAUACUUUUGUUAUCAACAUUGGCGACCAGUUUGCGAGAUGGACCAACGACAUCUUUGUUUCCACUCGUCACCGUGUCCUCCCUGCGCUCGCCAAGGACCGUUACUCGAUCCCAUUCUUCUUUGGGUGUGAUCACGACGUGCCAUUGAUCCCCCCAGAGACCUGUGUUACAAAGGACCGACCUGCCAGGUAUGAGGUCAUGUCUGCUGGAGCGUAUGUGCACAUGCGUUUGUCGGAUAUCUAUGGUGCCAAGUGA